AUGCCGGCGACCUUCGAGGAGGUGGCUGUGUAUUUCACCCAGGAGCAGGGGGCUCUGCUGGACCCUGCUCAGAGAGCCCUCUACAGGGACGUCAUGCAGGAGAACUACAAGACUGUGAUCUCGCUGGGAUUCCCCAUUCCCAAACCUGAGCUGAUCUCCCGCCUGGGACGAGGGGAAGAGCCAUGGGUCCCGGAUCUCCAGGCCUCCGAGGAAAGAGAGAGCCUGAGAGGCGAUCACACAGGUGAUGAGGCGAUGAGUGAGAAGGAGGAAGGGAAUCAUCAUGAGGAAGUCCCUGGGAAAGUGGAACCACAGGGGACAUUUGUGGGAAGAGCUGAAGGGAAUUUUUUCCAGUGCUUCGAUCACGAAGAAGCCUGGGGAAAUUGGCACAGGUCAGAGAGGCUGCAGGGAAACCACCCAAGGAAGAAAGUGGAUGAAUCUAUUAAAUGUGGGGGAGGAGACAAGGAUCCCACAACCCAGCAGAUAAACCCCAAGGAGGAGAAACCCUAUCAGUGCCUCAACUGUGGAAAAGGAUUCAUUAUGCCGGUGACUUUCGAGGAGGUGGCUGUGUAUUUCACCCAGAGGCAGGGGGCUCUGCUGGACCCCCCUCAGAGAGCCCUCUACAGGGAUGUCAUGCAGGAGAACUACGAGAUGGUGACCUCCUUGGGAUUCCCCCUUCCCAAACCUGAGCUGAUCGCCCGGCUGGAACGAGGGGAAGAGCCGUGGGUGCCCGAUCUCUGGGACUGCAAGGAAAGAAGGCUUCUGAGAUGCACCCAUACAGGUGCUGAGCGAGGGAGUGAGAAUGAGGAGGGGAAUCACCAUGAGGAAGUUCCCGGGGAAGCGGAACUGCAGGGGACCUUUGUGGGAAGAGCUGAAGGGAAUUUUUCCCAGUGCUUGGAGCAGGCAGAAGCCUGGGGAAGAUCGCACAGGCUGAGGAAUCACGUCCACAUUUUGUUCCAGAUUGUCCCGUCUUCCAGGAGACGGGGAAAGGGAAUGGCUGUGAUUCAGCCAGAUCAGCAACUCCAGUGGACCUGGGCCAAACCUGCAGAGGGGCUCCUCUCCCAGCCUGCCUUCACGGCCCUCGAUAGCGAGCAGAUGCCGGUGACCUUCGAGGAGGUGGCUGUGUAUUUCACCCAAGGGCAGGGGGCUCUACUGGACCCCGCUCAGAGAGCCCUCUACAGGGACGUCAUGCAGGAGAACUACGAGACCGUGACCUGCCUGGGAUUCCCCUUUCCCAAACCUGAGCUGAUCUCCCGGCUGGAACGAGGGGAAGAGCCGUGGGUGCCCGAUCUCUGGGACUGCAAGGAAAGAAGGCUUCCGAGAUACACCCGUACAGGAGCGAGACCCCAUAAGUGCUUGGACUGUGGGAAAAGCUUCAUACAAAGGUCAGACCUUGUUCAACAUCAGGUAAUCCACACAGGAGAGAGACCCCACAAGUGCUUUGACUGUGGGAAAAGUUUCAUAAGAAGUUCACAUCUAGUUCGUCAUCAGGUAAUCCACACAGGAGAAAAACCCCAUAAGUGCUUGGACUGUGGGAAAAGUUUCAUAAGAAGGUCAGACCUUGUUCAACAUCAGGCAAUCCACACAGGAGAAAGACCCCACAAGUGCUUGGACUGUGGGAAAAGUUUCAUAAGAAAGUCAAACCUUGUUAAACAUCAGGCACUCCACACAGGAGAGAGACCCCACAAGUGCUUGGACUGUGGGAAAAGUUUCAUAAGAAGGUCACACCUUGUUAAACAUCAGGCAUUACACACAGGAGCGAGACCCCAUAAGUGCUUGGACUGUGGGAAAAGUUUCAUACAAAGGUCCAACCUUGUUCAACAUCAGGCAAUCCACACAGGAGAAAGACCCCACAAGUGCUUGGACUGUGGGAAAAGUUUCAUACUGAGACCCUAUGCUACCAGCACUCCUAGCUAUCUUCGAGACACCACUGACUUCCUGAGGAAACUACAAUACACUGGUGAUCUUCCUGAAAACACCAUCCUGGCCACCAUGGAUGUAGAAGCUCUCUACACUAAUAUUACACAUGAGGAUGGGCUACAAGCUGUCAGGAACAGUAUCCCUGAUGAGGCCACAGCAUACCUGAGCCCCAUCCUCUACUUGCGCUACAUUGAGGACAUCUUCAUCAUAUGGACUCAUGGGAAGGAGGCCCUUGAAGAAUUCCACCAGGAUUUCAACAAUUUCCACCCCACCAUCGACCUCAGCCUGGACCAGUCCACACAAGAGAUCCUGGACACCACAGCAAAUAAGUGA